UUUCCAAUUUGACAUUUUAAAAAAAUUACAAAAAAAAAAGAAAAAUUUACCCUGCCCAACAAAAGAAUUCACACAAAAAUUCUGCGAAAAAUCAAAAUAUUACACCGUAAAAGCAAAACCAACCGCAAGCCGACUCCAACUCCACCAACAACAAUGGAAUCAUCCAACAUGAACAGAGUUCUAAAUCAAAGUCGGCACCAACUAAGUGGUCAACUAUGCAAAUACACAAAUGUAAUGAAAGGUUGGCAAUAUAGAUGGUUUACGGUGGAUGCGCAAGCGGGUACUUUAAGUUACUAUCUUUGUGACUCAUCCAAUGACGAUGGCAGUCCUCACAUUCUGGGCAAUGCUCCGCGAGGUCAAAUCCAUUUGGCUGCCGCUGUCGUUUGUCCCAGUGACGAGGACUCGAAGACAUUCUCAAUUGGUUGUGCUUCGGGUGACACAAUGAAAUUAAGAGCUGUCGAUGCGAGAGCACGACAAGAAUGGGUUGAUGGGCUACGAGCUGUUGUCGAGAGCCACACAAAGGCAAUGGACAUUAACUCGAGUACACUGCCUCCAAGAGAAUUGCUAGCUGCUUCAGACGCACUAGUAACAGCUCGUCAAGAAUUACAGCAAACUGAAUUGUGUAACGCAUCACUUGCAAGAGCAAUUGAGAACAUUGAAGGUCCCUUCUCCCCAACCGACCCAGAUUUGUUGAUGUUGAAGGCAAUCUCGACUGCAAGCACUCAGUGCUUGCAUCAAUGCUUGAGUCUAUUGCAACGUCAUCAGGACAUUCAGAACACACACAAUCGGACAGAGACGCCCAGCGUUUGCUAAGUACCUACUCUCUGCAAGAGCAAGACUCGCAAAAAACACAUUUGAAACUAAUCUUCAAGCACUUAGUUAUCUAUUUUUCGGUAUUCCUGGAUUUAGGGAAGCACUCCUCUCAACUUAUACUAACGACAAAUGUACAAUCUAGUACACAAAAAAAAAGCCAAGCGUUGAUUUAUUUUAGAGAAUUUUGUUUUUAUUUUUUUUCAAAGAAAAAUUAUAUAUUUUAGGCCCAAAGAAAAAACAUUUCUAUACUUUUUUUUUUAUUUGAAUAAUAAAUUUAUAUACAGAAAAUUAUU